AUGACUCCUCCCCCAUGCAGUUGCCCCGUCACGCCCUGCCAACGACCGGGACACCGUAUGGAGCUAAUCAAGCUUCACGAGCUUAGCCAAUGGCUCUCUCUAGCGGCGACCCAAACCUCUCCUGUGGGUCUUACCCCGCUGUUGGCCUCCCUUUCCCCUACGACCUCGACCCACCCCCCGCCGGUUUGCGGAUCGGUGGAUCCUCGACCCUCGCUUGGCCAUGGCUGCGCUGGUAUUAAUAAACUCACCCGCUGCCUUGCUGCCCGAUCCCUCCCCCCUCCCUCCUCCUCACAUCGGUAUAUCAUCAGCUCUCACCCGUUGACGCCCGGUUUCUCGCCUGAUCACCCCGUGCAGCCCGUCAUGAGCCACGCACUCAGCAACACGAGCUCCGAGGAGCGCGCCGCACCCUACUCCGAGAAGGACAAGGUCGACGGCACCGCCGCCCGCGUCGACGAUGCCGGCCCCAAGCGCCGCAAGCGUCACACGCUAGGCAACACCGCGACCAUCUUUGCGUCUGGCUCCGCCAUGUUCUCCGAUGGAUACUCGAACGCGGCCAUCGGCCCCGUCAACACGGUGCUGAACGCCAAGUUCCCAGAGGUCAUGGACCCGAAGCAUCAGGGCGCAAACCCGCGCGCGAGCUCGAACCGCAACCUCCUCUCCGCGAUGGCUUUCGCCGGAAUGGUUAUUGGCCAGCUGAGUAAGUCUCGAAGUCGCAAACGAGCCGGCAAAACGCAGCGGGAGGGGUCAGGUGACACCGCUCCUGUCGAUCUCACGUGCCGUGCCAAGGCUCCAUAUGCUCCUAAACGAGUGCUGACAGGGACAGGUUUCGGCUGGGUCUCGGACAAAGUUGGACGCAAGCUUGGCAUGUUCAUCUGUACCGGCAUGAUCUUCGUCUUCUCGAUUCUCUGUGCCGCCUCCUCAGGUCCCAAGGGCCACCCUCAGGUCCUCAUCAACUGUCUGAUUGCGUUCCGUUUCCUCCUUGGUAUCGGUAUCGGUGGUGAAUACCCCUGUGGCUCCGUCACCGCCGCCGAGGCGACUGAGAACACGGGUGUCAAAAAGAACCACCAGCAGCGUCUGUUCGUGUGGGCGACCAACUCGAUGCUUGACGCCGCGUUCGCCAUUGCGUGGUUUGUCGCGCUCGUCCUGCUCUGGAUCUUCGGCUGGGACCACAAGAACAUCAUCUGGCGUGGCACGCUCGCGCUCGGUGCGAUCCCGCCCCUGAUUCUCAUCAUCGCGCGUCUCUUCAUGGAGGAGCCCGAGGCAUACAAGAAGAACUCGAUGCGUCACACUCGCAUCCCCUACUGGCUCGUCCUGAAGCGUUAUUGGCUUCGCCUCAUUGCCGUCUCGGUCGUCUGGUUCAUCUACGACUUCAUCACGUACCCCUUCGGCACUUACUCGGACGUCAUUACGAAGAACGCCGCGCCCAACGCCACCAUCUACGAGACGCUCGGCUGGUCGUGCCUCAUCAACUCGUUCUACCUCCCUGGCACCAUUAUUGGCUCGUUUGUCUCCGACUGGCUCGGUCCCAAGUACACCCUCAUCACCGGUCUCCUCCUCCAGGCCGUGUUCGGUUUCACUCUGUCUGGUGCCUACGAGCGCUUCUUUCCGCCCAACGGCCACACUCCCGGCGGCCUCGCGGGUUUCGCGAUCAUGUACGGUGUGUUCCUGGCCUGUGGUGAGCUCGGUCCGGGCAACAACCUCGGUCUCCUUGCCUCGAAGGCUAUUGGCCCCACCGCAGCCCGUGGGCAGCUGUACGGCAUCGCGGCCGCGAUCGGCAAGGUCGGCGCCUUCAUCGGCUCGUACUGCUUCACGCCCAUGAUCGACUCCUUCUCCAAGAAGUCCGAGUAUCUCGGCAACACGGGCAUCUUCUACGUCGGCUCGGCACUCGCCGUCUUCUCCGCCCUCGUCGCCUUCAUCUUCAUCCCCAACAUCAGGGCCGACGCCAUGAUUGACGAGGACGCCCUCUUCCGCGAGUACCUCGCCGAGCACGGGUACGACGUCAGCCUCAUUGGAGAGCCUGGGUAUGUCGACCCCGAGGAGGUCACGGACAUGAAGAUUGGCCCGCAGCGCAGCAAGUAG